AAAGUGUCAUAAUAGCAUAUGAAAUAAAAGAGUUGUAGUAGUGUUAUUAUUGUUCACAUAUGAUAUACUCAUACAAAUUAAAGAAAAUAAUGGAGGAAGGUGGUGGUGGAGAAGAGAGGAGGAUGAAGAUGAAGGCGAUGGUGGCCAUAGAUGAGAGUGAGGGAAGCUUCUAUGCUCUAAAAUGGGCCCUUGAUAACUUCUUCAUUGACAAUAAUAAUAACAAUGAAGAAGGCAGCAUAAUGGUGUAUCUUGUUAAUGUUCAACCCAAAUUCCAACAACAUAUCUACCCCGUUGGAGUCGCUGGAGCUGCAUUUUAUCCUGCAACUGCUGUUAUGGAAUCUGUUAGGAAAGCCCAGGAAGAAAGUUCCGCAGCUAUUCUCUCUAAAGCCUCCAAGAUGUGCAAGGAUAAGUUGGUGAAAGCAGAAAGUAUAAUUUUGAAAGGAGACCCAAGGGAAAUGAUUUGUCAAGCCGCAGAGCAAAUGAAUGUUAAUCUUCUGGUCAUAGGUAGCCGUGGCCUUGGCACAAUCAAAAGGGCAUUCCUUGGAAGUGUAAGCGAUUAUUGUGCUCAUCAUGUCAAAAUCCCAAUCGUUAUUGUGAAGCCACCACCAGAGGAUCAAACUAAAAAGCAACACUAAUGCCGUUUUCUGCUUAUGUUUCAGUCAUGUUAUAUAUUUUAUGCAUGUCUCAUUUUCAAUAAUUUGUAAUAAUUAAUAAGGGAUGCAGAUAUAUGAAAAUUUGUUGUACUGUGUUGUGGUUUA